GGUGGCGUCACGCGGAGUAUAAAAGGUACGGGAACAGAGAGCAAAGUCAUAGUCAUCGUUUCAUCUUCGACUAGCACAGCAGGCAUCAUGUACUCACUCGCUUUCGGCCUCCUCCUCGCCUGCUCAGCAGUCAUUGCUGCCCCUUACCCAGGACCCCAGCCAGGACCCGCCCCCUACGCCGGACCCCAGCCAGGCCCCAACCCCUACCCACAGCCCGCACCUCAGCCCCAGCCCGCUGGCCCCAUGGCCGCUGGACCCCAGCCCCAGCCCCGUGCCGGACCCGCUCAGGCUCAGGCCGGUCCUUCCGCUAACGCCAACGCUUUCUUCGGUGGUUACGGAUUCCCCGGAUACUACGGAGGUUACGGAUACGGAUGCGAGUACCCCAUCGUUGAGGAGGUCCUUUACGAGCCAUUCGGUUACGGUUACGGUUAUGGCGGUUACCCCUACGGUGGUGGAUACGGAGGAUGGUAGACAAAGCUCAACUCUUGACUCUUUCUGUACUUAGUUUUAAGAUUUUGUAAUAGAAAUACAAAAAACAAAAUCUAUAA